ACGUCCUUAGAAUACAGCGGAGACGCGAGUGAACCGAUGUACGACGAGCAGUUCCGUUUCCAGAACGAGUUCUCGUCGCAACGUCCUAAAGCAACAGAGGGGCACGAGAAAGUGGUCAGGAUAAAGGUAGUCGAAGGAUUCUACAGUCUACAUUCGUCCGGAGUGCCAUUCAAAGAACUCAUCGGUCUACAUCUGGAGCUGAUGUCACCGGUGUACAUAAAUCAAACGAGCCUCGGUCACGCGGGAGAAGAUUUUCGGCACGAAAGCGGCUCGAGGAAUUCGUCAGAGACGGCGGCGCCUGACGUCAUCUUCGUGCCAGACUGGAGAACGGAGGUCACGUGUCGCGGCGUCAGACGAAAACUCAAUACCCGGCGGCCAAUAAGCGUCGAAAGGACUCUCGCCGAUCGGCACACGGUCCCGAGGCGCGUCAGUCGAGCCGCAACCAUCGAACAGUGA